CUCACUUGACACAACUCGGCGUAACUUUGCAACCAGAACUCUCACCGUAAUCGCUUGUCGCCAUGAAGAUCCUCAGCGUCAACUUCCUCAGCUGCGCCGUCAAGGCCUGCAAGAGCUCCUCCGACUCGUUCCCGCUCCACGCCAAGGACGCCGAGCUCGUCCAGGAUGAGAUUGAGUUGAACCCCAACAUGAUCAUCAACGUCUUGCCCCGCCUCGACUGGGCUGCCCUGCGCACAACGUCUUCUGAGCUCGGCUUCCCGCAACUGCCUGAGCAGGCCCCCACGGAGGAAGAGUUGAAGGCCGACGAGACGAUGCUCAAGGACCUGCACCAUUUGCUGCUGGAGACUCAGAUCUCUGAGGGCAAGCUGGUGUGUGGCCACUGCGGACACGAGUACGCCAUCAAAGAGGGCAUCGCCAACUUCCUGCUACCGAGCCACUUGGUAUGAGAGGAUUACGAACGUACGCGACAGUUAUGGUCACGCGUGGCAAAAAAAGAAAGGCAAGAGAGACAAGAAUAUAGACUGAGGAGAUGAAGGGAUUGAAGGCGGGAAUGUCCACACAACGCGUCACAAGAGGAUGCCGCAUCAAGGGAGACGGCAUAGGUGGGGAUGGUAUCACUUCGGAGUCUGGCGUUGUUAAACU